UUAGGCGUACCGGUGCGCCCAUGUCAAAAAGUUAGUCUAGAGCCCUGUAUUUAUGAGGCCGUCUACAGGGUCAGAUCAGAAAUGAAGUCAGAUUAAUAGUGCAAACACUCAGUUACUGAGACAUCAGCAUAAGUGAAACUGUUCUGAAUGUGAACACAGAAGUGAAAGAUCAGUAUGUGCGUACAUGAUGUUCAAGUAACUAUAACGACAGCUUAUCUGAAUCCUGUGGUUUCUGUGUUUUAUCUAGUUUGCUGCACUGAGCUCACUUAGUUGUGUUAAGUCUUCAGUUUGCCUUCUUUACUUUGCUGUGUGAAAUAUCAGAGAAAACAAGCCUGGAAUGAACAAAUCCUGAACUGAGUGAACAAAAAUAAAAAUGACGGGGAGAAGGACACUUUGGGCUACAAUCUGUUGCUUAUUGAUUAUACACUGCGUUGUCAGAUUGGAUGUUGCUUAAGAAUGCAUGCAACACAGUGUAAAAAUAAAGCACAUUAGGUCAUCUUUUUAUAUAGAAACCUCCAAAACCUCCAAACCUCCAAAAGUCAAUCCACCAGCUAUAUUAGUAUGAAACUCUCAGGUGCACUGGGCCUGAUUACAUAUAAGGAAGUUUGCAGUAAUAUGAAACAAGUCCCAAUUAUCAACUUGGUGUCAUCUGCAGGAAGAAAUUGAGAAGUAAAAUUAUGCAUAUUGCAUUACUGGCUCAAAACCAUAUUCUGGUAUUAGCAGUUAUAAGCAGAAAGCAAACCAGACUUAAUUUUUGUGAAGACAGAAGUUUGACGUGACUGUUCAAUGAGCAACAACUGGAGAGGAAACACUGACAAAACAAAACUGAAAUCUGCUAAUGCUCUUACUUCUGUUUUCAUAGGGCUGGAUAACAUUUGCUGACGUACUUACUAAAUAAUUGAUCAUUAAUUAGUAAGCAGUUAACUGAUAUUACACAAAUAUGCGUCAGAAAUGCAAAUUUAGCAACUGGUUGAUUCACACGAGAGAAAGCCAACUAAUAUAUCUAGGUAUACAUGUCUCUCUGUGCUGGCAAAAGCUUUACGCUCAUGUCAUCUAGCUUUGAAAAUGCUGUCAGCAGGUUUUUCUGGUUUGUUAGAUCCAACAAAAAUCACUUAAUUUAUAAAUUUGGAAGAAAACAGCAGGUCCAAAAAGAGAGUCUUAAAUUACAAAAAAGUCAAAGCAAGCUGCAAAUGGUGCUAAUAUGAUGAUGACUGAGCCACACAAAUGUGUUUCAGACUCAUGAGGCACUUUAAUCAUGAUAAAAAAGAUCAUGUAAAUUCCAAACAUGAAAACUUGCGUCGCAUUAAGAAUGUGGUUAGAAGGUAAGUUAAGACUGAUUGUAAUCAUACUUGUCAGUGAGACAAACUGCUGUAUAAAAGGUUCACCUCGACACUCCUACAAACACAUGGUAACCAUUUCGCUGGCAUCAUGCUCGGUCUGCAGAAAAUCCUGCUCCUCCAUCUUCUGGCAUGCGUCAGAAAGCUUGCACAUGGAAGUGACAUCAUACAUGGCGAAAAAGCCCCAGAGAACUCGAUGCAGUACAUGGCCUCUGUGCAGGACAACAAUGGUCGACAUGUUUGUGGAGGAUUUCUCAUCAAGGAGGACUUUGUAGUCUCGGCUGCACACUGUGAUGACUCCAACCCCACACACGUUGUUCUUGGCAACCACAAUCUGAAGAAUGGCAAUCAUCAAAAAAUAAGGAUUGAAAACAAAAUCAUCCAUGAAAAUUAUCAACGGGUUGGACUGGGUGAUGACAUCAUGCUCCUUAAAUUGACUCAGAAAGUUCAGCUAAAUGGCAGAGUACAAACAAUUCAGCUUCCACCUGCUGAAAUACACCUUCAAGAAAACCAAGUGUGUCAGGUGGCUGGAUGGGGAAAAACUAAAACUGAUGAUAAUAAACCUGCUGAUGAGCUGAUGGUGGUGGACGUGUCUGUCAUUGACAAACAAGUCUGUAAGGACCAGUGGGGUGGUGUUCCUGCCAACGUUAUCUGUGCAGGUGGAUACAAAACAACCAAAGGAUUCUGUCAGGGUGAUUCUGGGGGACCUCUGGUGUGUGACGGGUUAGCUGUUGGCAUUGUUUCUUACAACCACAAUGGUAUCUGCAAUUACCCAGAGGAUCCCAAUGUCUACACCGACGUCAGGAAAUACCUUCAAUGGAUCAACAAAACUGUGACUGACAGAAACAGUUUUGUGUAAAAGUUCAGCUUUUGCAUACUGAAACUUAAAUAUUUUGAAGUGGUUUUCUCUGCUUGCUUUGUCAUUGUGACCAAAAAAUGGAAAUAAAAAUGCAUCUG